GAACGCGAGGUCAAUAUGGCUGCCUACUGCAUGUGAAGAGGACGUAACGGAUGCCGGUUUUGUGUUUGGGGAAUAUGUAUAAGACACCAUGUAGCCGACUCACAGGUCUGGUGGGGGCCACUGUGAAUAAGAAACUAACGCUAUCAGCGAAGGCAGCUAAAUGUCAACUGAGUUCCCUUAGCCUGACACAGUUCCGUACUACAGACUCCAAAGAAUGGCUUACAUUCCAGCAGCUAAGCUUUCUGAAGCGACAGUACGUGGUGCGACACAGCGGGGCCCUUGGCCAGCGCCCCAGACACAAGCAGGAGCCCGUGUCCGCCAUGUUGGAGGACCGAGAUGACCUCGUGCUGCAGCAGAUACAGCAGAUCCCCACCAUCAAGCCCGUCGCUGGCGUGACUGUUCCGGUUCCAGGCGCUGCCGCCGCCGAGACCCCCGUGGAUCUCAGCAACGAGCCAGAAGCUGACCGCCAGGCCCGUAUGGAGGCCCGGCAGUGGAAGGAGCUGAAGGUGGACUACUCGGAGCUGCCGGACAUCUACGCACGCCUGUCCAAGAUUAAACUCACAGCAUUGGUCGUCACCACGGCAGCGGCUGGCUUUGCCAUGGCUCCCGUGCCCUUUGACCCCACCUGCUUCCUGUUGGCCACAGUGGGAACAGGCCUGUGCUCCUGCACUGCCAACUCCAUCAACCAGUAUUUUGAGGUGCCAUUUGACUCCAACAUGAAUCGCACAAAGAACAGGCCGCUGGUCAGAGGGCAGAUCAGUCCCCUGCAUGCGGUGUCGUUCGCGCUGGCCUGUGGCAUCCCGGGCGUGGCUCUGCUGUCCCUGGCGGUGAAUCCCCUGACUGGCCUGCUGGGGGCGCUGAACAUCUUCCUGUACACGAGCUGCUACACGCCGCUCAAGCGCCUCAGCAUCAGCAACACGUGGGUGGGGGCUGUGGUGGGCGCCAUCCCCCCGGUCAUGGGCUGGACCGCAGCCACGGGGUCACUGGACGCAGGAGCUCUGUUGCUGGGCGGCUUCCUGUACAGCUGGCAGUUCCCGCACUUCAACGCGCUGAGCUGGAACCUGCGCGAGGACUACUCGCGCGGCGGCUACCGCAUGAUGUCCGUCACGCACCCAGACCUCUGCCGGCGCGUGGCGCUGCGCCACAGCCUGGGCCUGAUCGGCCUCUCCUCGGUAGCGCCCUUCACCGGCCUCACCACGUGGACAUUCCCGCUGGUGUCGCUGCCCAUCAACCUGUACAUCACCUACCUGGCCUUCCAGUUCCACCGCCGCGCCGACCGCCAGAGCGCGCGCAAGCUCUUCUUCUGCAGCCUCUGGCACCUGCCCAUGCUGCUGCUCCUGGCGCUUACCUGCAAGACCCGACGGGCCGAGCCCGAGGCGCCCCCAGCCGCCGCAGCCACCUCCAGCCUAGCUGUGCAGAGCUAACGCUCCAGUUUAGGUUAGCAUCAGGACACUAACUUUGUUAGCAUUCACGUGCUAGCUUUGGUUAGCAUUGGGACGCUAGCUUUGGUUAGCACUGGGAGGCUAACUUUGAUAGCACUGGGACAUUAGCUUUGUUGACGUUGGCAGCUGGCUCUAUUGUGCUAGCUUCAUUAGCAUUAGCCAUAACCCCCACCCUCACCAGUCACCUUCAUUGUCACUAUCCCUCACUGUACCCUCCUCCAGCUCUUAAAAGACUGUGUCUGUUCCUGAGAGCCUGGUCCUCUGACUUAGUAUCACUGCUAUAUGUGCUCCCUUCUAUGUUGCUUUUCAAAGAUGGGGGCAGAGAAUGUGACUGAGAGGGGAUGACUUAUGCCCCCCCCCCCCUUGUAAUCAUUGUCAGUGUUUGAGAAAGUACUUGGCAAAGUAUCCUUUGGGGUAUAAGGAACAAGCGAAAGAGUUAAGAUGAAAUCAAAUUAAGUACCGGUAAAUGAGAAAGUACUCUGAGAGAGAGAUUGCUGAUAGAGUUCAAAUUUCACAAAAGCAUUUCAGACCGUCCCCACAUACCAUCAAUUAGUUUGUGAAGUGAUCAAUGCAAGGUGUGUGUGUAAAUAUAUCAGAUAAUUUAUUUAUGUAUAUUCCCUAAACAUGAAUCAUGUUGAAAAUGACUUGUACAGAACUAGUCAUAACUCCAAACAUCAUAUUUAACCCAAGCACAAGAACAGUUUGAUUUCUGUAACUGUACAGUCAGUUGUAAUUAUUCUUAUUACCAGAUGUCUGUGAUUUAAAGUUAUUUUCAGUUUUAGCGGUUUCAGCUUUAUAUAUUUAUCAAUCUAUUUUGUUUUCACAAGGCAUUGUGAUGCAAACUGUUUUUUCCCCCCUCAGAUCUACUGAACUGUAUUCAAAUGCCCAUAAUUCUUGAAUGUAGGCCAACGGAAACAAACUCUUAAUAUUGUUUUUGUUACAUGCAGCAACCCAAAACCACACGGUUCGCCUCCCACACCACUCAGACCACAUGUGAAAGGACAAAUGGUCCGGCACAAUAAAGAUUAUAUGAUUUA